AGCUGUGGGCAGCUUUAGUCGGGUCCAGAUGGAUGCUUUGGAUUUGUUUGAGGUCCAGCUUUUGGAGAGGCAAGUGAAGCUUGCCGAGGAGCGUCAUGCUGCUGGAGAGUCGCGUGAAGCAGUUGGUUUGGAUGCUCUAAAGCAAAAACUUUCCAGUGCUAAAACCAAAGUGCGAAGUCUCCCGACAGCUCAGGCACCCCAGGCAACACAUGGCUGCUCCGCUGGCCCGAGCUGCCCCAGCAGCUUUCCGGUUGCUACCAAUGCCAUUCCUGAGAGUGGGUUCCCAGCGCAGGCCUUGCUUGGUGGCACCUCUGGCGCAGCUUGUGGCAAUCAGCAUGCUGGUAUGGCACAUUUUCCAUCAGUGCCGCAGGGGAACCUCCUCACUGCUCAAAGCGUGACAGCGACCUCGGCGGUUUCUUCGCAGCCGGCUGUGCCGCUUUCCUUGGAGGAGCCAAGCGCUCUUGCAGGAACAUCUACAUCAAUCCAGCAGCAAUUGCUGUACAUGCAGCAGUAUCAGCAGAUGCUGGUGAAUGGCUAUGAUGCAGGGUCUUCAGCAUCGAUUGGUGGCGGUCAGGGGCUUCAAAGCACUGAUGCAAGCAAAGCACUUGCGGAGAUGAAUCAGCUGGAGGACAAAGUGAAAGAAGCAGAAGAGAAGGUGAAGCGAGCAGCUUCACAGUCACACCAUUAUGUUGGGUUGAUCUCGAAGUUUGACACGCUGAAGGGCUAUGGCUUCGUUUCAUGUCCCGAGACUUUCAAGCGUUUUGGACGCGACAUUUUCAUCGACCGAGAGUCCUACCAGGGAGCCAGAAUUGGUGACACCGUUGUCUUCUCGGUCGGCUUCAAUAAGAAGGGAGAGGUUCGCGCCUGCGAUGUUCAGAAGCUGAAUGAGGUGACGCGUUUGAAGCAGGAGCUGCAGCAGAAGAAGCAAGUUUACAUGACAAGUCUCUCAAGGUCUGGGAUGAACGUCCAGACAGCCUUGGACUUCAUUCAAGGCAAAAGAUCCGCUCCUGCAGAUGUUGAUGGUCCAAGCUUCAAGCGCUUUGCGAGGUGAAAAA